CAGGCGCAAGAGAGGAAGCCAUCGAUGCCUCGGGGCUCGUGGCGUCGAGCCUGGCUCCUCCGGAAAGACGCGGAGGCGGGGGCUAGAGCGGCGGCGGAAGCGGGGCGCAGCGCAGCGGGCGGAGGCGCCGCGGUUUCAGGACCGUCUGGGCAGAAUGUCACGAUGGACGAGGGGGGCAUGCCCCUGCUCCCAGACAGCCUUAUCUACCAGAUCUUUCUGAGCCUGGGCCCUGCAGAUGUGCUGGCAGCUGGGCUGGUGUGCCGCCAAUGGCAGGCUGUAUCCCGGGACGAGUUCUUAUGGAAGGAACAGUUCUACCGUUACUACCAGGUGGCUCGAGAUGUGCCCCGACACCCAGCGGCCACGUCCUGGUAUGAGGAGUUCCGGCGGCUCUAUGACAUGGUACCCUGUGUGGAGGUGCAGACGCUGAAGGAGCACACCGACCAGGUCCUGCACCUCAGCUUCUCCCACUCGGGGUACCAGUUCGCCUCCUGCUCCAAGGACUGCACAGUGAAGAUCUGGAACAAUGACCUGACCAUCUCGCUGCUGCACAGUGCAGAUAUGAGGCCGUACAACUGGAGCUACACCCAGUUCUCCCAGUUCAACCAAGAUGACUCAUUGCUGCUGGCCUCAGGGGUGUUCCUGGGGCCACACAACUCCUCCUCAGGCGAGAUAGCUGUUAUCAGCCUAGACUCCUUCGCCCUGCUGUCCCGCGUGCGAAACAAGCCCUACGAUGUGUUUGGCUGCUGGCUCACAGAAACCAGCCUCAUUUCAGGGAACCUGCACCGCAUUGGAGAUAUCACCUCCUGCUCAGUGCUGUGGCUCAACAAUGCCUUCCAGGAUGUGGAGUCAGAGAAUGUCAACGUGGUGAAGCGGCUCUUUAAGAUCCAGAACCUCAACGCUAGCACCAUCCGCACAGUAAUGGUGGCUGACUGCAGCCGCUUUGAUAGUCCGGACCUCCUGCUGGACGCUGGCGACCAGGGUGGGCUCCCCUGCCGAGUCUUUGACCUAGGUGGGGACAGUGAAGAAGAGGCCCCUGACCCGGGUUUGCACACCUCUGGUUCUGGCCGUGUCAAGGAGGGUUUGCGGCGCAUGUGGGAUAAUGUGUUGGAUGGACAUGCACAGCUAACAGAUUGUGCACUGGAGACCAAGGUGGCUGAGCUGCUGGCCCAGGGCCACACCAAGCCCCCAGCGUGUAGUGAUGCUGACACCAGGAACAAGUACCUCAUCUUCACCACUGGCUGCCUCACCUACUCACCACAUCAGAUCGGCAUCAAACAGAUCCUGCCACACCAGAUGACUACAGCAGGGCCUGUGCUGGGUGAGGGCCGGGGCUCCGAUGCCUUCUUUGAUGCACUGGACCAUGUCAUUGACGUGCAUGGGCACAUCAUUGGCAUGGGCCUGUCUCCUGAUAACAGGUACCUAUAUGUGAAUAGCCGUGCCUGGCCUCCUGGCUCAGUGGUAGUUGACCCCAUGCAGCCACCACCCAUUGCAGAGGAGAUUGACUUGCUGGUGUUCGACCUCAAGACCAUGCGGGAGGUGAAGCGGGCUCUGCGAGCGCACCAUGCCUACACGCCCAAUGACGAGUGCUUCUUCAUCUUCUUGGAUGUCAGCAGGGAUUUUGUGGCCAGUGGGGCUGAAGAUCGGCAUGGCUAUAUCUGGGACCGCCACUACAACAUCUGCCUAGCCAAGCUGCGGCACGAGGAUGUGGUCAACUCGGUAGUCUUUAGCCCCCAGGAGCAGGAGCUCUUGUUGACAGCCAGCGAUGAUGCAACUAUCAAAGCCUGGCGUUCACCACGCACUGUUCGUGUCCUCCAGGCCCCACGCCCACGCCCACGCCCCUUCUUCUCCUGGUUUGCCAGCCGUAGGCGCUGAAGGCAUCAGUGACUUGAGCCAUUUGAACCCACUGGGGAAAAUGAUACCCUGUGGUUCUUUACUGCACUGGGGCAGAGUAGCUCAUAGCAGUAAUGCCUUAGGAGGGGACAGCCUGACCCCCACACACUCACACGCAACCUGCUCACUUAGCCAUCAGGCUCAGCACUAGGGUACUAGGGUAGCCCUUGUUGGCAGCACCAGAGAUCCCAUGUCAGCCUCUUGGCCAGCUCGGGGUGUAUGGGACAGCAGAAGUCCUGUUCUUCACUUACCCUCUUCCCCAGGCUGCAGCUCACACAGCUCCAGGCUGACCACUGCCUGGUUACCUUUUAUGCUCAGCAAAACCCACACCUUGGAUAUCCUGUACCCUGGGUGGCAGGCCAUAGGCUCUGACCUCUCAUAAUUUGACUUGCGCUACUGAUUGAGCGGCCUGCAGUGGACCACGGGUGCUGCAUGUUGCACUCAUUAACUGUUCGGGUUAAUGAAUAAACAGUUGGCAACAGCA